AUGGACUAUCAAAAUCGAGCGGGCUCCAAAUUCGGAGGUGGUGGUGUCGCCUCGCAAUCCGCGACCAAUGCCGAUCGGCGAGAACGUCUCCGGAAACUCGCGCUCGAGACGAUUGACCUGGACAAAGAUCCCUACUUCUUCAAAAACCACGUCGGAAGCUUCGAAUGUCGUCUAUGUUUGACGGUCCACCAGAAUGAUGGCUCCUAUCUCGCACACACCCAAGGUCGCAAGCAUCAAACCAACCUCGCACGUCGCGCCGCCAAAGAUGCGCAGAUGGGAAGGAAGAAUGAGGGAGAAGGCUACACCGGCGCAAAUGCCAUUCAGGUGAAGAGGAAUACGGUGAAGAUUGGUCGGCCAGGAUACAGCGUCACCAAGACCCGUGAACCCAUCACAAGACAGGAGGGAUUGCUCUUCACCCUCCAGUAUCCCGAGAUUGGACAGGGUGUGACUCCCCUCGUUCGCUUCAUGAGCGCCUACGAGCAGAAAGUCGAGGAUCCUCCGGACAAGAACUUUCAGUACCUUCUGGUGGCUGCGGAGCCGUACGAGACGUGUGGCUUCAAGAUUCAGGCCAGGGAGAUUGAUCGCCGGGAUGGUAAGUAUUGGGAAUGGUUCGACGAGGACAGCAAGCAGUUUUACGUGCAAAUUAACUUCAAGACGGAGCGUGAGGAGCGCUUUAGUGGUGUGCCUGGUCUGGGAGCUCCGGGUCUUGCCAGAUGA